AUGCUUCUUCGAAUCAGCCCGGUCCUUCUGCAGUUACAUUUUCUUUUCUCUUUGGCAGCGAGCCACGUCGAAACAUUUUAUUCGGACUACCUCUUUCCAGACUCCGAGCAAGAUCUGUUCAUCAAGUCUCAUUCAGAUUUCUCCGUCGUCCAUCCCGAAAAGGUUGAUAGUGAUGGACGGUUCAUCUCUCACAACCUAUCACAUCACCUCACGCGCGGGCGGCGCAAGAGAGACCUGGGCAAAAACAGCGAGCGCGUGUACUAUAAGGUUCAAUUCAGGGAUCGGAAAUUAACACUGAAUUUAACGAUUAACGACAAUCUGCUUUCAGAUAGCUAUGUUUUGGAGCAGCGCGGGAACAAUUUGACCCAGCCAGCUCGGCAAACAGUUGGUCGGAACUCGUGUCACCUCCUGGGCACUGUAACGGACAACACCGCGCAGGGGACGGCCGCAGUGAGCACAUGUGACGGCUUGAUGGGCCUCCUGGACUUUCCUGAUGGUCCCUAUGUUAUCCAGCCAGUCCAUGGGUUUUCCCCAGACAGGGAUCAACUGCGUCGGCCUCACGUCAUCUACCGCAGCUCUGACUGGACCUCGUUUAGACGCCGCCGCAGUGCUGAACGCUACGGCAGCCAAAGCCCCUGUGGGGUCAAAGAUGCUCCAGAGGACUCACUUUUAGCUGAGCAGGAGCGUGAGGAGUGGGAGAGGGAGUCGAGGGCGGAGUCACCGCGUCGCCUGUCCCCUCGCUCUGUCAGUAAAGAGAGAUGGGUAGAGACAAUGGUAGUGGCUGACUCCAAACUGAUGGAUUACCACGGCAGCGGAAACGUGGAAUCUUACAUCUUCACCAUCAUGAAUAUGGUGGCUGGGAUUUUCCAUGAUCCGAGUAUUGGGAAUGCAGUCCACAUUGUCCUGGUCCGUCUCAUUCUUCUACAUGGGGAGGAGAAAGGGCUGAAGAUUGUCCACCAUGCAGACUCGACUCUGUCCAGUUUCUGUGCUUGGCAGAAAAACCUCAACCCUCAGAGCGACUCCCACCCUGCACAUCAUGAUGUUGCUGUCCUCAUCACCAGGAAGGAUAUCUGUGCUGGGAUGAAUAAGCCAUGUGAGACUCUGGGUUUGUCCCAUCUGUCGGGGAUGUGUCAGCCUCACCGCAGCUGUAAUAUCAACGAAGACUCUGGUCUGCCCGUAGCUUUUACCAUUGCUCACGAGCUUGGACACAGUUUUGGGAUUCAUCAUGACGGGCAGGGGAAUGACUGUGAGUUGGAGGGGCGGCAUCCCUUCAUCAUGUCCCGACAGCUUCACUACGACUCAUCUCCACUGACCUGGUCCCCCUGCAGUAAAGAUUACAUCACUCGAUUCCUGGAUCGCGGCUGGGGUUUCUGUCUGGAUGACCGUCCGUCUAAAAAGGAUCUGACGGCCCCUGUGGUGGCGCCAGGUGUCAGAUACACUCCCCACCACCAGUGCCAACUUCAGUACGGCCCAAAUGCCACCUUCUGCCACGAGGUUGAGAAUGUGUGUCAGAUUCUCUGGUGCUCUGUGAAUGGUUCCUGUCGGUCUAAACUGGACUCUCCGAUUGAUGGAACCAGAUGUGGACCUGAUAAGUGGUGUAUCUCAGGUGAGUGUGUGAUUGUAGGGAAGUUGCCGGAGACUGUGAACGGUGGUUGGGGGGAGUGGAGUGUGUGGUCUCACUGUUCACGGACCUGUGGGGCAGGAGUCCAGUCUGCAGAGCGAGAGUGUGACCGCCCCAAGCCUGAAUUUGGGGGGAAGUACUGUACAGGUGAACGGAAGCGUUAUCGAAUCUGUAGCACCAAUCCCUGUGUGAAAAAACGCCCCACAUUCAGAGACAUGCAGUGUAGUGAGUUUGACACCGUGCCCCAUAACAAUCAACUCUAUCAGUGGGUACCUGUUACCAGACCAGCGGCGCCCUGUGAGCUGCACUGUCGACCAGUCGAUGAGGAUUUUUCAGAGAAAAUGCUGGACGCAGUGACAGACGGAACACCGUGUUUCACAAACAACAACAGCCGCAGUGUCUGUAUCAACGGAGUGUGCAAGGCAGUGGGCUGUGACUAUGGUAUAGACUCGAAUGCGGAGGAGGAUCGCUGUGGGGUGUGUCUGGGUGACGGUUCGUCGUGUGAGACAGUCGGUUUGACCUUCACUGAGGAAGAGGGAUAUGAUUAUGUAGAUGUGGCGAUAAUCCCAAAAGGUGCAAGAGACAUAUUCAUACAUGAAGUGGCACACGCAGGAAACUUCCUGGCACUCCGAGCGGCUGAUUCGGAAGAAUAUUUCCUGAACGGUAAUUAUAUAAUCCAGUGGAAUGGGGAAUAUGAAGCGGCUGGAGCCAAAUUUUAUUACGAACGUAGUGGCAACAUGGAGAACCUGACAUCCGCCGGACCAACCACAGAUCCAGUCCUGCUUCAGCUGUUGUUCCAGGAGCUGAAUCCUGGUGUGAACCUUGAAUACACCAUUAAGAGGAGUCGACAGAUCAGCAACAAACUUUUCCAACCAGAAUACACCUGGAAAUAUGGAGCUUGGACGGACUGUAGUGCCACCUGUGGACUGGGAGAGCAGUAUCAGCCCAUACGUUGCUUUGAGAUGGACCUCGGCGUGGUUGAGGAGUCUCUGUGUGACCCGGUGACCCGGCCCAGUGACAGACAUCGCAAAUGUAAACUCACGGACUGUCCUGCCAGGUGGUGGGUUGGGGGAUGGCAGCCAUGUUCGGCCAUGUGUGGACCGGACGGGGUGAAGAAGCGGACAGUUCUGUGUGUACGGACGGUGGCCAGCGAGGAGCGGGUUCUACACCCAGGAGACUGUAGACAUCUGCUCAAACCCAAACCGGUGGUGCCGUGUAACCGUGACGUCCCCUGUGGGAGAAGUGACUGGGUUGUUGGGAACUGGAGUGAGUGUUCUCUCCCAUGUGGUGGUGGAGUCAAGUCCCGAAUCGUCAUGUGUGUGUCAGACUCUUGUGAUCCUGGGACCCGUCCGCGUUCCACCGUCUUCUGUAACCUUCAGAGCUGCUCCAGUCACCGUCGAAUCGGACCCCCAUUCCGCCCUCGACCGCGGAAACUCUUCCCGCACAUCCCGACCCAAGGACCCGGUCUUUACCCGGUCACCACUCUGCCCCCAAAAAGCCCUGUGACCCUAAAGACCUCUGUCACCUCCCUGCUCAACACCCCAACAGCGUCUCAUUUGGUGGUUGAAGACGAGCGUGACUAUAUCGUGAUCAGAAACACCCUGAGUGCCAUACCCAGUGUCCCUAACCCUAAGCCUAGCCCUAACCCUAACCCUAGCCCUAAGCCUAACCCUAAGCCUAGCCCUAAGCCUAGCCCUAACACUGAGGAAGAGGUUCUGAAGUUUAAGAACAGUUCUCCGGACCCCAGGACCAGGGGGAAAGGAAGAAAAACAGAGGUACCCAAACAUCUGACACCCACCAGAGACUAUGAGAACCUUAACGCACCUAACCCAGUCAGCAUGAAUGCCUUCUGGAUCGUUGGAAACUGGAGUAAGUGCUCCACAUCCUGUGGCCUGGGUGCUGUGUGGCGGUCAGUGCUGUGUAGCGCUCCACAGGAAACUGAUUGUGAUAUCACAAAGAAACCUGACCCAGCCCGACGGUGUAACCUUGGACCCUGUGCCGCCUGGAACACCUCCAGCUGGAGCAAGUGUCCUGAAGGUUGUGUGGGUGGCACGAGGCAUCGUGAUGUUCAGUGUAUUGACACACAGAGUAAACGACCUCUGCGACCCUUUCACUGCCAAGCCCUGACCUAUCGACCUCCGUCCACACUGCCCUGCAACACACGACCCUGUCUGCAGUGGAGACUUUCACCCUGGGGCAAGUGUUCCAGGAGCUGCGGUGGAGGGCAAAGGGAGCGACUGGUGUACUGCCCACAGUUCCAGCGUUGUAAUGUCACCCUCAAACCUAACAGCACAGAGCCCUGUAACGUCCAGGCCUGCGUCAGCUGGAGCACCAGCCCCUGGCAACAGUGUUCAAAGAUGUGUGGGGGAGGGGUGCAGAAGAGACCCGUGCGCUGUGUGAAUAAGAGAUCAGGGCAGCAAGAGGAAAACUCCCUGUGUGUCAAAAACAGCAAACCACACCCUGUCCAGAAAUGCAACCUGCAGGAUUGCAAAAUCAAUUCAGGUGUGAUGUGUAAGAAGAACAGUAUGUCAUCCCGGUUCUGUGAGAAGCUGAAACUGCUGGGUCGCUGUUCUCUCAGAUCCGUCCGCAAACAGUGCUGUGCAACCUGUAUGAUGUAA